AUGGAAAACCAAUCAGAAGGAGACGAUAUGUACCGGCGGAUACUGGCGAUGCUUGCAAGUCUAGGACUAGCUGAGAGUGAUUUGCCCCUUGAGUAUAUGCUAGUCAGAUCAGACAAUCAGGGUUCGAAGCCAUAUUUUCCCGAAGGGCAAGAGUAUACGCUAUACGACCUCAUGUGCGUGUAUGAGUUCCUAAAACAACGCAGAAUUAUGACCGCCUCUGAUCUGGACAGUGGCCAAGGCAAUGCAUCGGCCAGCUCCGUUCCUUCUAAUCAGCUAGUGGCUCCGGGUCAGACACAGUCGAAUGACACUGAGCUCUCUACUACCUCAACACUGGGUGAUAACAUAAUGGAUGUUGAUAUGGAGACUGAAGACCUUCCUUGCAGUUGUUUUGCUGCGAAAUCUGUGGAGCAUAGUGAGCAACAUACAUCGGGGCUAACCAGGAAAGCCAGUGCAUCGCAUACUACCGGGAAGCUUUGA